AUUAAAGACUGGUUAUUGUUUAAACCAUUAGAAUUUGUUUCGUUAGACUUGUAAAUUUUGAUGUUUUGAGACAACAACCGGACAUGUUAAUUCUGCAAAGACGAAAUCUUAUAAAGUGUAUAAUUCUUACCUUGUGGAUAUUUGUGGAAAAUGCUGAACCUCAAAAUAUAACGUUGGAAGGGUUAAGUGUUCGUUUAGCUAGUGGAAGAAAACUUGGAGAGGGGCGUGUAGAAAUAAGAUAUAAUAGCAGUAUGGCAUGGGGUACAAUUUGCAGAGAUUAUUGGGAUGAUGUUGACGCUACAGUCUUAUGCCGUAUGCUUGGAUAUAGAUGGGGAUCGGUGAGUACAGAAUCUCGAAUAUUUGUAAAGGGAUCUGGUCCUAUUUAUAUGGAUAAUGUCCAGUGCCGAGGGAACGAGAACAUGUUGACCAAGUGUGUAUAUAAUGGAUGGGGAAAACAUAACUGUCAGCAUGCUGAAGAUAUAGGAGUUCGAUGUUUUAACCACAGCAGUAGCUAUAGUGUUAGUUUGGUUGGAGGGGGUGCUGACUAUGGUAGGGUUGAGAUUACUGUUGACGAAGAAACAGGAACUAUUUGUGACAACAAGUGGUCUAAUAACGAUGCCAAGGUUGUCUGCCAACAUUUG